UACAAGCCGGCCUCUUACCAUCCGGAGCCCCACUACAAUGAGGAGGCCAAGCCGUUCGCUUACAACUACGCCGUCAAUGACCACUACUCCGGAGCCAACUUCGCCAAGAAGGAGCAGAGCGAUGGCCACAACACCCAGGGAUAUUACUCGGUGACUCUGCCCGACGGCCGUGUCCAGCACGUCAAGUACGUCGCCGACAACUACGGCGGCUACAACGCUGAGGUCACCUACGAGGGAGAGGCCCAGGUCUUCGUCAUCGUCGCCGCCCUGGCCGCCGCCAUCGCCGCUGCCCCGGCUCCUGACUCCCCGUCGUACCAUCCGGAGCCCCAUUACAAGGAGGAGGCCAAGCCGUUCGCCUACGACUUCGCUGUCAGCGACCACUAUACCGGCACCAAUUUCGUCAAGAAGGAAGAAAGCGAUGGCCACAACACCCAGGGAUAUUACUCGGUGGCACUGCCCGACGGUCGUGUCCAGCACGUCAAGACACAACAUGCAGGCUACAAGCCAGCUCCGGCCCCCUACCACCUGGCCACCUCCUACAAGCCGGCCUCUUACCAUCCUGGACCCAACUACGAGGAGGAGGCCAAGCCGUUCGCAUACGACCACGCCGUCAACGACCACUACACCGCUCCGGAGACGCUGGUGUACAAGUCCUCCCCGGCCCCAUCCCACAAACCGGCCUCUUACCAUCCGGAGCCGCAGUACAAGGAGGAGGCCGAGCCGUUUGCCUACAACUACGCC